AUGCCGGCCCGCAAGCGUGCCGCGUCGACAGCCUCUUCCCUCUCCCCUCCGCCAGCGACCAAGGCGAAGGCGACGAAGAAGAAGGCGCCCAAGUCCAAGUUCCCCGCCGCGAUCGACGUCUCGAACCACCCGCCCAGGCAAGGCCUGCCGGCCUACGAGUUCCCGACCCCGCACAAGACGAACGGCGCGAUUGUGCCGCCAGACUACUCCCAGACCCUCUUCGUCGGUGCGCAUGUGUCCAUCGCGGGCGGCGUCGCCGGCGCCCUCCUCCGAGCCGGCAAGAUGGGCGCGAACGGCCUCGCAAUGUUCGUCAAGGGGCACCGGACGUGGAAGGCCAAGCCGAUGGAUGCCGAGACGGUCGAGGACUGGAAGAAGCUCUUCAAGCCCGAGUCUGAGGAAGGACUGGGCUACGGCCCGCAGCACGUUCUCGUGCAUGGCAACUACCUCAUCAACCUCGGCAACCCGGACGAGGCAAAGUGGAAGCAGGCUUACGAGUGCUUCCGCGACGACAUUGCCCGCUGCCACCAGCUCGGUAUCAAGCUCUACAACUGGCAUCCCGGGAGCACUGUUGGCGCGUGCACCAAGGAGGAGAGCUUUGCGCUCGUCGCCAAGGCGAUCAACCAGGUGCACAAGGACGUGCCCGAGGUCGUGACGGUGAUUGAGAACAUGGCGAACGCCGGCAGCAAUAUCCUCGGCACGGCCUUUUCGGACCUUGCGUCCAUGAUCGAGCUCGUCGAGGACAAGGACCGCGUCCGCGUAUGCCUCGACACGUGCCACCUCUUUGCGGCGGGGUACGACUUCCGCACGCCCGAGGCGUAUGCGAGCAUGAUGGACGACUUUGAGCAGACGGUCGGGCGCAAGUACCUCGGCGGCAUCCACCUGAACGACUCCAAGGGCGAGCUCGGGUGCAACCGCGACCUGCACGAGAACAUUGGGCUCGGCUGUAUCGGCCUGAGCGGGUUCCGGAAUCUCAUGCGCGACUCGGGCAUGGCGGGCAUCCCCAUGGUGCUCGAGACGCCGAGCGGGCCGGCCAAGUCGGUCGAGGACGGCGAGCUCGACAUCUGGACAAAGGAGGUGGCGCUGCUAUAUGAGAUUCAGAAGAUUGGCGUUGAGGACUGGACAGAGGACAAGGAGAAGGAGGUCACGGAGCGGUGGAGGAAGGAGCGUAAUGCCAUCGAUCCGCCGAAGGGCAAGGGCAAGCCGCCGCCGAAGAAGGCUGCUGCCAAGAGGGCCGCGAAGAAGGGCAAGAAGAAGGACGAGACGUCGGACGAGUCCGAGUCCGAAGCCGACUUUAGCGACUAG